GCUUUUCUGUUUCUACAGAGCCUGGCACUGUAGAAAUUUUGCUGCCAGUAGACAGGGAGAGUGGGGGGUGGGCGGUGCAGAGGAGCAGAUCUGCAGCUAUUGGAAGUGAGUGGGAGUAAUGGCUGUACGACUCUCAGAGGCUGACAAAGAGCAUCUACUCACUCACUCACAUGCACGCAUAACGCUGGGAGCUGCAGCAGAAGCCGACACACCAGGGGAAGUGGCAUUUGGCUUCCAUGGCAUGCUCACACUACCGCUGUUCUCCUAGUGCUGCCAUUUCACUACCUAUUCAUUCUACUUGUCUUUCUGUCGCUGAAUGUUGAGCACCAUGCAGUCACAGCUUGAUGAGGCUGGUUGCCGCGACUACUGCGUGGAUGAAUCUUCCCUGCUGAAACGACUGCCUCUAAACCCCCUUGCAGGCCCACGGUGCCCAGUCCAGUCUGUGGGCCAGUGGCUGGAGAACAUUGGGCUCAUUCAGUAUGAGAAUCACCUGGUGGCCAGUGGCUUCGACAAUGUGCAAUUCAUGGGCAGUAAUGUGGUGGAAGACCAAGAUCUUCUGGAGAUUGGCAUCCUCAACUCAGCUCACAGGCAGCGUUUACUUCAGGCCACCCGCCUCCUGCCUAAUGUGCAGCCCAUUGGUCAUCCUGGAAACAUCCCCACUUCAGUGGCAGAAUGGUUAGAAUCUUUGGAACUUGGGAACUACACACAGUCCUUUCUCAUCAAUGGUUACACCUCUAUGGAACUGGUCAAGAAGAUCUGGGAGGCUGAGCUCAUCAGUGUGUUGAAGAUAACUGCAUUAGGACAUAGGAAGAGGAUUCAGGCAUCACUGGGUAGCCAACUUCAAGACAACCUACUUCAAAAGCCCCUUCGAAUCACCUCCCUCAGGGAUCCCAGUGUGAACCACACAUCCCUUCCUGUUUGCUCACUGGAUUUUCAGAAGCUCAUCAUGCAAGGAGACACCCAGCGGCACCCAAACGACAGUUACUUUGACGAUAUGCCACGGACCAAAUUAGAGAGACAGAUGGCUCAAGUUAGUAUGCAUGGUGAAUGGCCUGAGCCUAUAAUGUUGCGACCACCCAAUGAAGCAACGCCUUCCACACCAGUACAGUACUGGCAGCACCACCCAGAGAAGCUCAUCUUCCAGUCAUGUGACUAUGAAGCUUAUUACUUGGGGUCAAUACAAAUCAAGGAACUGAGGGGAACUGAAUCUACGCAAGAAGCCUGUGCAAAAAUGAGGUGUGCAGAUCCAAUGAAGAAAAUCCCCACUAUUGUCCUCUCAGUUUCCUACAAGGGAGUUAAGUUUAUUGAUGCCAUAAACAAGAAUGUAAUUGCUGAGCAUGAGAUCCGCAACAUCUCAUGUGCUGCCCAAGACCCAGAGGAGCUCUCCACAUUUGCCUACAUCACCAGGGACCUGAAGACCAGUCAGAAUCAUUGCCAUGUCUUUACAGCUUUUGAUGUGAACCAAGCUUAUGAGAUCAUCCUGACACUGGGCCAGGCAUUCGAGGUGGCGUACCAACUGGCUCUCCAGGCACGGGUUAGCGGGCAAGGUUCGGCCACACUACACGAAAAUUUUGAUAGCAAGGCUGGCCAACCCAUCCCCAAGCCCCGCUUCAGUGUUAAGUCUGUAGAACUACCUGUGAUCAACCAGAAGAGCCAAGCCAAUGUGGCUUGGAUAGUGGAGCCAGGGAAUGAGGCCAAGAGGGGAGCCAGCACUAAGUACGAGACCACCAUUUUUUAGUAUAUAUCCACAAUCCAUUUGUGUGUAUGUGGAUUUCUUGUGACCCUCUACAGAACUGCCAGCAAAGUGAGCUGUGACUUUUUUAUCGGCUAAAAUCUGUGGCAGCUGCACGAUUAUACUGCCAACACCUCUUCUCCAAGUGGCACCAGAUUCACCUUACAGUUGUACAAAUGCUAGUCCAAGGCUUCUACACCCAAUUUUUCAGAAGGAAAGAAUAAAUAAAAAAUUUUCCAACCUUCAACAUUUUAUCGUUUUUGGACAUGAAGAGGAUCCCUACAGAUUAACAUCAUUCAACCGCAGUUUUCUUUAUGAACCCAGAAAGUGAUCUGGUAUCUGCUUUCUUUAUGACCUCAGAUAGUGAGGCAUGUUAUAUUGGGAUACUACAUACUUGUAUUUGUUUUGAGCUGGUAAAUGGACUGCCUAUAUGCAGGGUGGGCAUGUAUUAAUGGGACAAGUGUGAAAUGGACUGACAAUAUCAAAAUGCUCACAGACUACACAGAAUGUUUAUCAUAUAAUUUUUACACCAUUUAGCAGAAUAUACAGAAAAAAUUAUCUAUGUCAUAAAAUAAUUUAUCUUAUGAUUUAAUUUUUAAAGCUUUUAUUUUAAGUGGUUUAUCCUACAUGUGAGAAACUAAUGUUAGAAUAAUGACUCAUCUCUACUACAAUGGUCUGGAUUUAAAUAGAUUUAAAUAGUACAGAUUUAAAUAGUAAGUCCACUACAUUUGGAGAACAACAAGGUUCAGAUGACAAAUGCAAUUUUUAUUUAUGUAAUGAAAUGAACAAAUCUCUGCCAUGGUUCUCCUGGGCAACUCACAUUUAGAAGAGUGAAGUACAUCACUGACUGAAAACAAAUAGGGAUGCACCGAUACCAGUAGGCCAUAAUAGUACUAGUGUCAUGUACUCAUAUUCAUCCUUGUGACAAUGCGGCCAAUGCCUAGUAGAUACCAUAUAAUAAAAUAUCAGCAAUAUCAUUAUCGUGAAAAAGAUACAGACAAAUUGUAUCUCUACAUUGCAAAUGUAUCUCUACUAAACUACCAAGAAUAGUUACAAAAACAGGAUCAUACAACAGUAAUACUGUAGUCUAUGUAAACAUCUAAAAUCUAAGCAUAAGAACGAGUAUGAUGCAAUUGUCACCAGCAGUACUCUGCAAAAACAGCGAGAAAAUGUCAUACGAUAACCCUAGUGCAGUGACAAUAACAGAAGCUCUUAUAAGACUGGGUAUAUGAAGAGCGUAACACUUUCUGACAUGGAUUAAAAUGUUUGCAAACCAUUUCAAAUCAUAAUUAAAUCCAGACGAUAAUAA